ACUAUAAAAUAUUACGAUUCUUCACACAUCAUGUGAAACAGAGUGCAGAAGAUGGCUCUCUCGGACAAUUGCAAAGAUCCAACUACCUUCUGGAACAGAUCAGCGACACAAUGUGACCCGUGUGAAAAAAUAGCGGGAUAUGAAGUUGAACCUAAUUGUGGACGCGACGAUAAAGGUGGGUUCCACUUUGACUCUCACAAGAAAUGCAAACCCAACACUUUUAACGACGGCAGCCAGGAUUACUGUCAGCAAUGUUCUACGUGUUCUCCUGACACUUCUGUACUGAAAACCUGCACUUCAAUAUCCGACACUAUUUGUCAGGAAAUAAGAAAUGAGUCGACAGCCCUCCCUAAAUCCACAACCACCCAUGCAGCAACAUCAUUCAGCAUUGCGACAAUGGAGAAUAAAGAGGAAACAUACAUAACAACUGUCUCACCGAGUUCGCAGCACGCAGCUCUGUGGACUAUACCAAUAAUAAUUGUUCUCCUCCUGUUUGCUGGUCUUUUUGCUUUGAUGAUGAAAAAAAGAAGAGGUGUGUGUAAAAAAGCGUUUUACAGAAGGGCAUCGUAUAAGAAUGAAGGAUUUUCCCCCAUCCAAGCAGAGACGAGCUGCGAAGUGCUGGAUGACAUGCUCAAUGCCGAUAUCCUGUCAGCACCAUUACACAAAGUUCUGGAUGAUCUCGAUGUUUUGGAGGAGUUGGUGAUUCUGCUGGACCCAGACACGCAGGGCAUAAAGAGCACAAAGCAUCUAGCGUCUCACUGCUCCUUCACUUCCACCUGGAUCACCUACACUUACUCCAUGAAGGAUACGAAAAGCCCCCUGAAAGCUGUGUUGGAGGGGGUCACCAGCAAGCAGCCUGACUGGACGGUGGGCAACCUGGCCAAACUGCUCAGACAAAUGAAUCGCAAUGACGCCAUCAGCGUUCUGGCAAAACUCAGGCCUGAACCUGUUCCAAAAACUUCACAAGAGUGACAUUUUUUUUGUCUUUCUAAACAUAGAGUUGACGAUGUUCUUUCAAACAGAACGGUGUAAUAUGACCUCAAACACAUUAGUAUUCAACUUGAGUUAUUUUGACAAGAACAGCUCCCACCCAUACACGUAAGAUGUGGGAUGUAGAAAAGUCCAGACUAAAUUCUAGAAAAGUCCAUCUGUGUUGAAUGCAUCAUUCCUUGGCAAGCGAGCCAGGGAAUGACGCAAAAAGCAACAACCUUGAAUGAACCUUUUGUGCAGAAGCAGAAUCUCACCAUGUGUAUUUAUUUAAAUCCAACUUUUUAUUUGAGCUCAUGUUCAAAGGGGGCGGGGGUUAAAAAAAUAAGUCUGUACUUUUCCAGUUGUAGUGGUCAACAAUAAUCCACAAAGUGUGUCUCUGGCACACAGAUGUGAUGCAGCACAGAGGCCCACUUCUCUCGCUUUCAACUCUGAGAACACGGCGUUCGUGCAGGGAUGAUGUGUUCUUCGUAAAUUAGGACAUGAACACAGGAAAUGAACUCAAAUAAACGUAACCAUAGACACAGUCAAAGCAGUCAUUAAAACAACUGGAACUGUGCCAUACUAGGAACCAAAUUCAUCUCGACACCACAGACUCAGCAGGAUGGUAAGGAAGGCGAUGAAACAAAAUACUGUUUUAGUGACCAUCUUCAGUGCUCAUUGGGGGAGUGCUGCUAUUUUCAUAUACGUCUGUGCAAUAAAACAUGAUUUUAAGGUAUAUUAAUGCAGGUUUACGACAAUGCCCCUCAAAAUUUUGAAAGAUUUCUGAAAAUGUUUUUGCAUUUGUUUGUAUCUUUAUACAAUCAUUCUUGACUGUUAUUUUUAUACUGAGAGGCACAUGUGUUAUUUUAAUA